CACGGUAGUAGAUUUUUUUUUUUGAGAGGAUGUGAGAAGUCAGACGAACUUUUUCCACUGAACUGAACCAUGGCGAGAGGUCGACAGGCCGAUCAGGAGCUCACUGAGGUGCUGAACCAAAUCUGGCGCCUGGAUACCAACCGCCUCCGUCCAGGGACCGACUACAUCAUUUCCCUCCAGGGGAGGGCCGGUUAUGUUGCUCAGGGCAGCAACUACGCCAGAGACCGGGCCAGAGCUCCACUAUUCACAUACGUCAACGAAGACAAACUGAAGGGCAUCGAGACGUACGCACAUUUCAUCAACUUGCUGGACAACUAUGAGAUGUCCACCGGUGUGUCGGAGACCGUCACCUCACAGGAGCGUCUGGAGAACAAACUGUUCAUCGACUCCAUCAUGGAGACCGAAGUCAUGAAGACCGCUCACAAGUAUCUGGUGAAUAAGGGUCAGUCGCCAUCAGACACUGCGCAGUUUAAGAGGCAGCUGUAUGACAUCUGGUUCCGGCUCUACCACCGGGAGAGGGGAGGAGGGGAGGAUUCCUGUGGAUUUGAACAUGUGUUUGUUGGAGAAACCAAGUACGGCCAGGAGAUCAUGGGUCUGCACAACUGGGUCCAGUUCUACCUGCAGGAAAAGCACGACCAUGUUGACUAUAAAGGCUACAAAGCUCGAGACAACAAAGACACACCUGAUGAGGACGACCACGUCCUGAACCUGCAGUUCAGCUGGAAAGGCCUUGUAAAGCCGGUCGGCGGCUCGUUCAUUGGUGUCAGUCCAGAGUUCGAAGUCGCUCUCUUCACCAUCAUCUUCCUCAUGUCGACGGAGAAGAUGACCUCUGUGGUGGUGAAAGUGGACGAGUAUGUGCUGGAGCUGGUUGUGUAUCGACACGGCCGAUCCAUCGGCACGUCCUUCCCCAAACUGCUCAGCAGCAACAACAGGGAUCUGUAAUAUUCCAACACCGGAGCUCACAGAUGUUUUUGCUUCAGUUCUAUACAGUAUAAUCUCAAAACAAGCCUGGAUCAGGGUUUUUUUUUUUUGCACUAAACUUAAGGCUUAAGCUAUCUAUAAGAACCAGAGCCUAAACAUCCUAAUCUGCAUUUAUAUCAUGGAAGGAAUAUACGUUUUUACUAAACACAUUUCUGUCAUAUUCUGUAAACAGUUACAAAGUAAAUAAAAUGUCUUUUGUUUACAAAA